UUUGAGCUGAAAGCAGGAACCAACAUGGAUGAGCUCGAUCUGCUGUUGCAAGAGCUUGCCCUGAAUGCAGCUGCCCCGAAGACUGUCAGAGAAAAUGUGGGGAAUGUUACAGAUGAUGGCGAGGUACCAGGUGCAGGCUACACUGGACUCAGCAAGAAUGAAAAAGACUCAGUCAGCUCAAAUGUCUACAGUGACCUCCCAGCUCCCGUGGCAGCUUCUGUGGAACCUGACUCACCCACUAAGGAGCUGGACUCCAUCUUGCAAGAUCUGAUGAGUCUGGGAGAAGAGGAGAAAGCAUCUUCAACAACCCCACCACCGCUUACACAGAAGCAGUCGGUGAAAAGAAAAACAGAAGGGAAGCAAGAGGAGAAGAAGGAGAGCAGCAGCUCAGCAGGUUCAGACGCACAGACCAUGAAAACAGACACUAUAGACGACCUGCUCGGAGGACUGAGCUCUGACCUGGAGAAGAUUGGCGUACGCACCACAGCCAAGGGCCACUGUGCUGCCUGCAACAAAUGCAUUGCUGGAAAGAUGAUCACAGCGCUGGGUGAGGUGUGGCACCCUGAACACUUUGUGUGUGCAGUUUGUAAGACGGAGCUGAGCACCACAGGCUUCUUUGAGAGAGAUGGACGGCCGUACUGUGACAGAGACUACCACAACAUCUUCUCUCCUUGCUGCGCUUAUUGCAAGGGGCCCAUUGUGCAGAACAUCCUGACAGCCCUGGACCAGACCUGGCACCCUGAGCACUUCUUCUGUAUGCACUGUGGAGACCUGUUCGGAAAUAAAGGUUACCUCGUGAAGGACGGGAAGCCAUAUUGUUGCAGGGACUUCUACCACCUAUUUGCUCCCAAGUGCUCUGGCUGUGGGGAGUCAGUGAAGGAGAACUACCUGACGGCAGCUAAUGGCACCUGGCAUCCAGAGUGCUUUGUCUGCGCAGACUGUCUGAAGCCCUUCACUGACGGCUGCUUCAUGGAGCUGGACGGUCGACCCCUCUGCUCUCUGCACUUCCACUCCAGACAGGGCACCCUGUGUGGCGGCUGCGAUCAGCCCAUCAGGGGCCGCUGCAUCUCCGCUCUCGAUCGCAAGUUUCACCCUGAGCACUUUGUGUGUGCUUUCUGUCUGCGGCAGCUCAGCCAGGGCAUCUUCAAGGAGCAGAGAGGAAAGCCGUACUGCUCAGCCUGCUUCAACAAACUCUAUGUGUGAGGCGUGCAGGGCGUAAACACACAAAUAAUGCAAAGGAAACAAACUGUAUCAUUGCCAUUGUUGAGUUUAUGACUUCAUAUUAUGAAUGAUAAAUUAAAAUUAGGCAGCUAUUCUUAUUUGCAUUGUACAGAGGAGCAACUCUUCACAUUUCACUCUCAAGUGAUUUUGGAUUGUAAUAUGAUCAGUUACAUGGUUAAGUAGGAUGAGGAAUGAACUGUAAAUGCAAACAUUGUGCCAUAAUUAAUGACAUGGUUGUAAAACACAUGGAAAAUACUUGUUUCCUAAUGUAAAGGUAUUGAAGAAACUUUUCACAUGUGAAUUUUGGAUGGUUCUGUUGCUGACACAGGAUUUCCUAAAUCACAAUUACUUAAAAUACAUACACGGGGAAAGGAAAAUUCAGAGGCUCAGGUUUAAUCCAUGGUUUCCACUGAGCUAUCCUCAGUUUGCCGUAAGUCUUGGCAGAGCAGAGACACUCCAGCCGUUCGUCAAGGGGCUUGUCUAUUUGGCCUGAUAGCUUUUAUUGGCAUGGAAGUGGGACUGGCCUGGAGUCAACGUGCCAGGCCGAGUCUCCUCUUACUCUCACUGACCGUUUGGCCCUUUAACGCGCCCUGGAUUCAGACAAGCUCUUCAUACUCCACACAAGCUCCUUUAUAGCAGCUCGUGGAAGAUUAAUGAAGGUGCUGAGAUGAACAACGGUGGUUUCAGGAGGUGAAGAGUUCCUUCACAGCACAGCAUCUUGUCAGCAGCUCACUCUGACUGUCGCGGCACAAAUCAACCACACAGUGCUUUAAAGCUUUGGAGAAAAAAUAACUUUGGUGAUGUGGUAUUUUUUUUUUAUUGUUGCCUUACAUAGUGGAUGAUAUGUAAGGUGGAGAAAACUUGCAAAACUUGAAUCCAAGUCAGGACAUGGAUCAACAAAAGGAAAUAUGUUAUUUAAAUGUCAGUUUUUUUGGUCAGCUCUGCAGAAUCCUAUCAUAGAAAAAUCAGUGUUUUACAUUUAUAGAUUUUGCAGCUGCACAAAUCUCAACAAGCUCUUUAACUCAGCCUAAACAGACAUAUAUGCAUUAAGCUACAAAAUGGAUUUUGCAGCAAGAUACCCUUCUUCAAUUCAAAUAAAUUGAAUACACCAUCAAGGGAAUUAAGGGUCAUGAGAAGUUAGAAAUCUUUGCAAUUGCUUUUCAUGUUCCAAAAAUGGAAAGCAGGAAAUCAAAAAAACAAAAGAUGUGGUUAAAAACCUUCACUAAAUUAAAAAGUAAAAAAUGAAAUUACACUGAACUUGAAACUUAACAUAAAUUGAUGCUUUUUUACAAUCUGAAACUGAAUUGCUCCCUUGACUUUGUCUGAAGAAGAAGUUAGAUUUGGAAUUGUAAAAAAGGAUGAAUA